GCAAUCUUGUUGGUUUUGACCUACUCACUUAUGUAAAGAAGAAUUAGCACAGGAAGGAAGCUGGGCAGAGUUUGCACAUCACACAGUUUUCUGCCUCAUCUAUAUUGACUUAGCAGAGAGAAACACCAGCAUUAAACAUGACAUCAGAACCAUCCAAAGAAGUCUCCAAGUCCAGCAGCCUGAAGGUUGGAGCUGUGGCACGUAUUUUGGCCAUAUACCAUGGGAUAAUUAGCACAUUUCUCUUUAUUGCAUAUUCAGUUGAAAUAAGGAAGAACUGUUUGGAGAUCAGCAACUAUAACCAGAUAGCAUACGUAAGUUCAGGCUACCUCCUUCUUCUGGUCCUUCUUCUGCUCAGCAUCCUAUUGUUCUGUGGUGUUGUACUGAAUCGGGGAUACCUGGUUAUACCAUUUAUGGCUUUGCAGAUAAUGGAUUUCAUCCUGAGCUCUCUAAUGUUCUUUAGCAUUUUCAGUGAGGUGCCUUUCAACAAACAAAUGAUCUCAGAAGACAAUAUGGCAAUGUCUAAGAUUCCAUCACAGUCCUCAGCUUGGGGGUAUUUUGAAAUGAGUCUCAGAUUGAUGACUUUUUGUAGCUGCUAUGUUGAGGCUCCAACCUUAUUAAAUCUCGGCUCUAUAAACUACAGAUACACGAAUUAUUUUCAAGUGAACAAGUUGUCUUCUCAGAAAUACGUCACCAAGCUCAUCAUUCUCAUCUUGCUUCACACUGCUGUGUUCCUAUAUAAGGUACACAUGAUCUGGUGCAUGUGGAGAGUCUUCAAGUCAUUAAAUGCUUCAAAACAGAAUAAAUCAAAAGGUGCACCUCAAUUGCAGGACUUCUCAAAGAUAGCACUGCCAUCAUAUGAGGAGGCUGUUAAAACAGAAUCCAAAGAUUGCCCACCUCCGUAUUCAAUUGUUUAACCUACUAAGUUGCAAAGUUUCCAGCUUCUGGACUGAAUACAAAUAUUAUGUGGCAUCUCUUCAUCUUCCGAGUGAUAGACAUAAGGAGUUCAAACUUGUGUAUACACGGUGUAUACCCAUUUAUAUAUCUAAAUGAUUUCAAGACAAUAAGGAAAUAAUUGUUAUACAGUACCUUACAACUUUAGAAAACAGCAGUUUUAUUGUGAUUUCCAUUGACUUGAAAACUGUCAAAAGCAAUAGAGGUAAAGUUGUUGGAAAACAAUAUUUGUGGUUCUAACAGCUAUGAAAAAAAAAAUUAUACUGUAGAAUAAAACGAUGUCCCACCCUCACAUUUUUUCUUAUAAUAACAUUGGGUCUGGACCUCUGGGGGUGAGGCGUAUGAUUGUGCAAACCCUCCAACCCAGAGAUAAAAAAUUCUGGGUACCAGUGUUAUAAUAAUGUUAAUUUUGCCCCCUUAUUAAAUGAAUAUAAAUUUAUUGUUGCCUUAUAAUAGUAAUCAAUAGCAAUCAACUAGUGUCCUUUUACAUAAUAUAUAAUAAAGCAUUCCCCUUAAAAAACAAACAAAAUUGUGCCCCAUUUUAAAAUUCUUAAUACAAUGUUGUUGCCUUAUAAUAAAAUGCAAAAAUCACUGUCACUUUAUUGAUAAUAUAAAAAAGCAGUGCAAUUCUUUUUUUUUUUGUCCCACUUCCCCCCCCAAAAAAAAAAAAAUUGCUACUGUAUCAUUAAAAAAAAAAAAAUCCCUAAAACAAAAUGUACUUGGCUUGAUGAGAUGGAGUGCAACGAGAAUUUUUUUCUUAAUAUAAAAACAACCUCACAUACAGUACUCUAAAUGGGACUUUCUCAUAAUAGCCCCAACAGCACAGUGAGACAAUCUUAUCUCCAAAAUUAGAUUCCUUUACAAAUUUUACUUUGUAUUUUUGAUGGGGUGGGUGGAAGCCUUCUUAUAUAAGGAGGCCCACACUCCCACACUCUCUGUAUGGGAGAGCUAUGCCCAUUAUAAUCUACACUGAAAUCCAUCAAUGUUUCCACAGUAUCUCCUGGUAUGAGAUGAGACUUCUUUUAGAUGGCCCCCCCUACCCCCCAUUCUUCUACAGCCACCCCCCUGCUAAACCUUCCUUUUUUGUAAAUUUGUGUAUUGCUUGGACAAAUGGUUCCCAAACUUUCUUCAUUUAUGGCACCCUUAGUGUCUCAGACGUUUUACGCAGCACCCCUAGGGCCAGACUGCCUCAUUUUAACUCAUUGUGUUGUUGGACGUCUUAAGAUCAAGUAAGUGUUAAGCUAAGGAAUUAUUUUCUUUUUGAACCCAAAAAAAUAUUAUCAACAAUAACCAGGAUUAUUAUCAAUAAGGAGAUAAUAUUAUAAUCAGGUAUUUAUUAUAAGGUGCCAAUAUUUUAUUUGUAUUAUAAAGGGUACUUUUAUUUUUGUGGGGUAAUAUUUAAUUAUUUUAAUUUAAUUUAAAUUGUAUUAGUAGAUUAUUAUUAAUAUUAUAAGAAUACAAAAUCAUUUUACAAAGGGGCAGUAUUAACAUUACUAUUUCCAUGAAAUUCACAGCCCAUGGGUAACCUGAUGGUCAAAAUGCUGUUUAAUAUAGGGCCAUUUAUCUCUUAUAUGAGGGGGCCACACAUUUGUUUGCCUCCCUCAGAGUACUUGAACUGAUGCUGAACAGCAUGGGCCUACUAGAGGGCGAGCAAUGCAGUUUUUUUUCCUUUUGUUUAUUUUUAAUUUUAUAAGAACGCCAAGCUAGCCCAAGCCAUUGGCAGUGCGUGGGUUUGAAACCCACUGAAUAUUGCUGGCAGAUUUCUUAUUACAUUUGGUGAUUUUGAAUGCACAAUUCCUUGUGAUUUGCAGGACAUAAUUUGUAGGCUAUAACAUUCUGCCCAAAGUGGUAUUAUAAUUUUUUUGCAGGAAAAUAAUCUGGACAGUUUCUCUAUAAACACUGCUCUUUUUUAUACAAAUAUAUAAUAAUCUUUAAGUUUACACCCUUUGUAUAUAAUACUAGCUGAAAACCCAUGCAUCUCUAUGGAUUUUUAAGUAUAAUCACAAAGAGAUGAAAAGCGAUGGUAUUUAAGCAAAUUUAAUACUGUUUUUAAAAUAGGCUCACUUCUGGUAGGAAGUUGUUAAGAACUGGAAGCAUCAAAGUGCCCCUCCACGGAACCGGACAAGAACACACCAAAACAAUAAAUGGAUUUUAUUGUACGGGAAA